AUGGCACUUUAUAGCUGCUGUUGGAUCCUCUUGGCUUUUUCUACCUGGUGCACUUCCGCCUAUGGGCCUGACCAGCGAGCCCAAAAGAAAGGGGACAUUAUCCUCGGGGGUCUCUUUCCUAUUCAUUUUGGGGUUGCAGCAAAAGAUCAGGAUCUAAAAUCGAGGCCGGAGUCUGUGGAGUGUAUCAGGUAUAAUUUCCGUGGAUUUCGCUGGCUACAAGCUAUGAUAUUUGCCAUAGAGGAAAUAAACAGCAGUCCAGCCCUUCUUCCCAACAUGACCCUGGGAUACAGGAUAUUCGACACCUGUAACACCGUCUCUAAAGCCUUGGAGGCCACCCUGAGUUUUGUGGCCCAGAAUAAAAUCGACUCUUUGAACCUUGAUGAGUUCUGCAACUGCUCAGAGCACAUCCCCUCUACCAUCGCAGUGGUGGGAGCUACUGGCUCGGGCAUCUCUACGGCUGUGGCCAACCUGCUGGGGCUCUUCUACAUCCCCCAGGUCAGUUAUGCCUCCUCCAGCAGACUCCUCAGCAACAAGAAUCAAUUCAAGUCCUUCCUCCGCACCAUACCCAAUGAUGAACACCAGGCCACCGCCAUGGCUGACAUCAUCGAGUACUUCCGCUGGAACUGGGUGGGCACAAUUGCAGCUGAUGAUGACUAUGGCCGGCCAGGGAUCGAGAAAUUCCGAGAGGAAGCUGAGGAGAGGGACAUCUGCAUCGACUUCAGCGAGCUCAUCUCCCAAUACUCUGAUGAGGAAGAGAUCCAGCAGGUGGUGGAGGUGAUCCAGAAUUCCACCGCCAAAGUCAUCGUCGUCUUCUCCAGUGGCCCAGACCUGGAACCCCUCAUCAAAGAGAUCGUCCGACGCAAUAUCACAGGCAGGAUCUGGCUGGCCAGCGAGGCCUGGGCCAGCUCUUCCCUAAUUGCUAUGCCCGAGUAUUUCCAUGUGGUCGGAGGCACCAUUGGGUUUGGUUUGAAGGCUGGGCAGAUCCCAGGCUUCCGGGAAUUUCUGCAGAAAGUCCACCCCAGGAAGUCUGCCCACAAUGGUUUUGCCAAGGAAUUUUGGGAAGAAACAUUUAACUGCCACCUGCAAGAGGGUGCUAAAGGGCCAUUACCCGUGGACACCUUCCUGAGAGGGCACGAAGAAGGAGGUGCCAGGAUAAGCAAUAGUUCCACUGCCUUCCGACCUCUGUGUACAGGGGAAGAGAACAUCAGCAGUGUUGAGACCCCUUACAUGGAUUAUACACAUUUACGGAUAUCCUACAAUGUCUACUUAGCCGUCUACUCUAUUGCUCAUGCCCUACAAGAUAUAUACACCUGCAUACCUGGGAGAGGGCUCUUCACCAACGGUUCCUGUGCAGAUAUCAAGAAGGUUGAAGCUUGGCAGGUCCUGAAACACCUGCGGCACCUAAAUUUUACCAGCAAUAUGGGGGAACAAGUAACUUUCGAUGAAUGUGGAGACCUGGCAGGGAACUAUUCCAUCAUCAAUUGGCACCUCUCCCCAGAGGACGGCUCCAUAGUAUUUAAGGAAGUUGGAUAUUACAAUGUCUAUGCCAAGAAAGGAGAGAGACUCUUCAUCAAUGAUGAAAAAAUCCUGUGGAGUGGAUUCUCAAGGGAGGUGCCUUUCUCCAACUGCAGCCGAGACUGCCUGCCAGGGACCAGGAAGGGCAUCAUCGAGGGGGAGCCCACGUGCUGCUUUGAGUGUGUGGAGUGUCCGGAUGGGGAGUACAGCGACGAGACAGAUGCAAGUGCCUGUGAUAAGUGCCCUGAUGACUUCUGGUCCAAUGAGAACCACACUUCCUGCAUCGCCAAGGAGAUCGAGUUUCUGUCCUGGACUGAGCCCUUUGGGAUCGCACUCAUGCUGUUUGCUGUACUGGGCAUUUUCCUCACAGCCUUUGUGCUGGGUGUCUUCAUCAAGUUCCGCAACACACCCAUCGUCAAGGCCACAAACCGGGAACUCUCCUACCUCCUCCUCUUCUCCCUGCUCUGCUGCUUUUCCAGCUCUCUGUUCUUCAUUGGAGAGCCCCAGGACUGGACCUGUCGCCUGCGCCAGCCGGCCUUUGGCAUCAGCUUCGUGCUCUGCAUCUCGUGCAUCCUGGUGAAAACCAAUCGGGUCCUCCUGGUGUUUGAGGCCAAGAUUCCCACCAGCUUCCACCGCAAGUGGUGGGGGCUCAACCUGCAGUUCCUGCUGGUCUUCCUCUGCACCUUCAUGCAGAUUGUCAUCUGUGCCAUUUGGCUCAAUACGGCGCCCCCCUCGAGCUAUCGCAACCACGAGCUGGAGGACGAGAUCAUAUUCAUCACCUGCCAUGAGGGCUCGCUCAUGGCGCUGGGCUUCCUGAUCGGCUACACCUGCUUGCUGGCUGCCAUCUGUUUCUUCUUCGCCUUCAAGUCCCGGAAGCUGCCGGAGAACUUCAACGAAGCCAAGUUCAUCACCUUCAGCAUGCUCAUCUUCUUCAUCGUCUGGAUCUCCUUCAUCCCCGCCUACGCCAGCACUUACGGCAAGUUCGUCUCUGCGGUGGAGGUGAUCGCCAUCCUGGCGGCCAGCUUUGGCUUGCUGGCCUGCAUCUUCUUCAACAAGGUCUACAUCAUCCUCUUCAAGCCGUCCCGAAACACCAUCGAGGAGGUGCGCUGCAGCACCGCGGCACACGCCUUCAAGGUGGCCGCCCGAGCCACGCUGCGCCGUAGCAACGUCUCCCGCCAGCGGUCCAGCAGCCUGGGGGGCUCCACGGGAUCCACCCCCUCCUCCUCCAUCAGCAGCAAGAGCAACAGUGAGGACCCCUUCCCGCAGCAGCAGCCGGAGAGGCAGAAGCAGCCGCAGCUGCUGGCCCUGAGCCCACACAACGCGCAGCAGCCACAGCCGCAGCCACCCUCGACCCCGCAGCCGCAGCCACAGUCGCAGCAGCCGCCGAGAUGCAAGCAGAAGGUCAUCUUCGGCAGCGGCACCGUCACCUUCUCGUUGAGCUUUGACGAGCCUCAGAAGAGCGCCGUGACUCCCAGGAAUUCCACGCACCAGACCUCCCUGGAGGCCCAGAAAAACAACGACGCCCUGACCAAACACCAGGCGCUGCUCCCGCUGCAGUGCGGGGAGACGGACUCGGAACUGACCGCCCAGGAGACAGGCCUGCAGGGCCCUGUGGGUGAGGACCACCAGCUAGAGAUGGAGGACCCCGAAGAGAUGUCCCCGGCACUUGUAGUGUCUAAUACCCGGAGCUUUGUCAUCAGCGGCGGAGGCAGCACUGUUACAGAAAACAUGCUGCGUUCUUAA